AAGAAAAAUAUUAUAUAUGACGAUGGACGUGCGUUUAAGUAGACAGACAACGACAUGUUCCAGCGCGCAAGGAAUAAAAUGGUGAGUGCGGUAAAGAAAGGCGACUGGACGGGAAGUACGCUUCAGCGUUCUACCUGUCCAGUCGGAUUUCUUCUUUGCACUCGUCUACGCUUUUUCCUUACGGGCUGUUAUAUGCCUUCCUCUAAAUUCCUACUAGCCCAACAAUCUGCCUUAAGUAAGUAGACAAAAAUUGCACGCUUUGAUUCCCUUUAGGAGGCCAUGUUUCCGUAAUCGUGGUGACCCUAUUUCAGAGACCUCGAAGCUUGAGCGAUCUGGUAGUUCCUUGCAGGGGUGUGCACACCGCACGAGUGGUUUAAUAAAAUCACAUGGACCAACAUGGAGUGACAGAACGCCGCUAUGCAAAUGAUUGUUACUGCCAUAUACACCGGUGUCAAGAAAAACAAGGCGAAAGGGAACCGAAAUCGUGAGUAACACCAGGACUUUCUGGGUCUCCACCUUUACAGAUUAUGUUUUUAACCUUUGUUAAACCAUCCGUGAUUUGAGGAUGUCAUUGCAAACUGUCUGCAAGCUUGUUUAGCACAUGUCGUUCCCCCUUUCCUGACUUUUUUUUUACUUUUGAAAGCGUGUGCGGUUAAAGCUUCCGUGCGCAGGCGGGCACUGCCGACACCGGAAAACGCUGCGCCGUCCAAUACAAAGAAAACCGGGCAUGAAUCAGUGAUAGAAACGUUAGGCACGUGGCUGGCCACCUGGUGGAGCAACGAAGGUACCUGUACGUGCGAUCGACGGCCUGUUUAUUUAGCUCGCAGAUACAGCACCCCGUGUGUUCAGUGUCUGCUCCAGUCAGUCAGUGUGUUCGGAGUCCCCCGUCUCUUAUAGUGCGGCACCAUGGUUUUCAGACCGUACGGAAUCGCCGUCGCCUGCUUCGCUGCUUCUUUGGUGGCUGUGCUACAUUUGUGUGCAGCCGGCGUGCCUCCUACGUGCGCAUCGGAUUCUGACUGCACUGGUGGUCAGCGCUGCGUCACACACUACAACUACUCAGUGAAUGCCUACUGUGACAGCUACAAUUAUUGUAUCGACGUGUCGGACACAUCCUGCUCCUGUUCUGAUGGCUACACCUGCCGCCUGAAGGAUUGCCCAAGUUCUCCGUACGAAUGUCUAUAUCUGGAAGACACGAACAACAGGUGUGGUGCAGAAAAUGCUCCCGUAUGCCAAGAGGACGAGACCUGCGCGUACGCCUUCAACACAAUCUUCUGCUACAUGUGCCCCUGCUACGGACAGUUCAACGUCACCUGUCUGAAACACAGUGACCGCUACCCUGCCUGCGGACCUAACAGCAUCGCCACGUUCUACGGCACUGAUUACUCCUGCGACGGCUGUAGAUCGGCGAGCUUUGUGCUCGUCGCUCAGAACUGAGCACACAAGUUGCACAUGAGACGUCCAGCCUUUUCGGUGAACGCCAACGACAGUCUAGGCCCGAUCUUCAACCAUGUGAAUGCGUUAUUUCAUGCGGUCGCAAUAAAGGGACUCGAAGUUGGCCGUUUCUUUUUCGAAAUGGACCAGGUCACA